CGGAUGGUUGGUCACACUGCGCCGUAGGAUCCUCCUCGCCUGGGAGCAAAAAAUUAACUUCCAAUGAAUUGAUAUUGAAGUGUCCCGCACUGUCAGGAACCAGUUUCGGAAAAGUAACCACUCAGAUCUUGGUUUUGUAAAGUUUAUGGCGGAUGGGAUGAAAGCGCGACUCCAGCGACUCAACUUGUUCAACCUGAAACAAGAACAGAAAGAUGUUCCUGAGAUCAUCAGUACGUUAAGGCAAGCUGGCAAGAACUCAGCACGCAAUGAUGACAUCAACAACAUUUCCAACAAACCUUCCUCUGGUGGCCGUGAUCCCUCUGAAACUGGCUUUUCUUCUCACUCCAAAUUAAUGACCUCUGCACCCCCCCCUCCUGCUGUGUCCCCAACAACUUUUGCAAAGAAGUUUGAGGUGUUGUUCUGUGGCCGUGUGAGCGUCGCUCAUAAGAAAGCCCCUCCUGCCCUUAUUGACGAGUGCAUCGAGAAGUUUAGCCAGUUGCAUGGCUCAGGGACGGCUAAUAAAGGAGGAGAUAGUGGGCGAUUGGGGGGUGGGCUGAAGAGGGCAUUAUCCCUUCAAUGUAACGGACUUGGGAGUGGUGCUGCUGGAAAUGAUGCAGCAGGGAGCCCAACCACAGGGAAGCGUCCUGUUCUGUUUAAAAAAGACCCCAGCUUUCCCUGUCUACAGGCCCUGGAUGAGAAUGGACUCUCACCGGAGAUCUCCCACAACAACACUACUGAUGCACAUGCCCACUCUGCUGGAGUGCAGCCCACCAGCCUGCAGGAAAACAGGACCAUGCUUUUUACGGUGGGCAGGUCUCAGAUCUUCUUGAUCAGUCCAGACACUAAGAAAGUUGCCAUAGAGAAGAGUUUCAGAGAAAUCUCCUUCUGCUCACAGGGUAUUCGUCAUGUGGAUCACUUUGGCUUCAUUUGCAGGGAGACGGUUGACGGGGGGAGCUGCCACUUUGUUUGCUAUGUCUUCCAGUGUACUGAUGAAUCCCUGGUGGAUGAGAUCAUGCUGACCUUGAAGCAGGCUUUCUCUGUGGCAGCACUGCAGCAAAAUGCAAAGACCCAGAGCCAGCAGUGUGACAGCUGCCCCAUGCAGCAGCUCCACAGACUGUGUGAGAGGAUAGAAGGGCUACAUCCAUCUAAAACUAAGCUGGAGCUUCAGCGGCACUUGGCCACUCUUGACAACCAGGAGCAAGCUUCAGUGUUUGAAAACACUAUGAGGGCCCGUCCAAAAAGCGAUCAGGAAGAGAAUGAGCUGGUAAUGGCCUCUCUGAGGAGUCUGUAUGAGGAGAGGCAGAGAAGCCAUCAGCACACACUGUCUGGAGACAGCAAACAGGUGUGUGAGGAGGCAGCUCCAGCCUCAGUGGAGGCACAGCAGCAGAGCAGUAGUCGACAGCGACUUGAGCAGUUCAAAAGCCGAGCCAAGCGCUCUCUUACUGAGUCCCUGGAGGGGAUCUGGAAGGGGAGCAACAAAGCCAGAACUCAAAGGGACAACAGUGUUGGAAGUGACAGCGGCUCCUCUGUUUGUACGGUCAUCAGCAGCCCGGAGCAGUCCUGUCUAGAUGACCCCCUGCCUUCCUCCGCCAUUCUGCAAUCCACCAGCCCACUCAGGUGCCACAAUUCAACAGGAGACCUGAAACGCCUCGACGACUCUCCCCGCUUGUCUCCCUCCUCCUCUUCUUGUGACGCUCAGCCAAAGGGGUUCCGCAGACGAGCCAGCACCUUCAGCCACCCUCCCACCCCCACAUCAGCAGAGUACUCACCAAUGCACACGCUAAAUCACUCUCCACAGGACCUCACUGCAACCACAAAGCCAAAGCUUGUACGACACUACUCGGUCAGCACCGACACUCCACACCAGAGCAAGGAUGUUGCAGCUCUGUCCACACCAAGUAGAGAAUAUGAGAUGGGGGAGAGUCCUCUGCGCAGCCACCGCCACUCCUGGAGGCAGCAGAUCUUCCUACGGGUCGCUACACCUCAGAAGAGCACAGAAACCAUUGAACGAGGAGAUCCCUGUCUUGAAGCAGGUCGAGUUUGCUCUGGCCAGGUGGGAAGUGGAGGAGUUGUGGACUUGUCUAUAAGCGUGGUGCCUGAGGAGAGGACAAAAAGGAGCAAAGAGGAGCUGAGGGAGCUAUGGAGGAAGGCCAUCAUACAACAGAUCCUUUUGCAGAGGAUGGAGAGAGAGAACCAAAAAUUACAAGGCGUAGCUCUUAGUCAACACAAAGAGAGAGAAAUGGAGAGCAGCAGGAGGCGAGGAGAGAGGAGAGAAUAUGCGCUGGCUGGUCUGCAGCCAUCAAAUUCAGAGAGCGACCUGCAGAACAAGCGUCUGAAGCUGGACUACGAGGAAAUCACGCCGUGUCUGAAGGAGAUCACUCUGGUCUGGGAGAAGAUGCUGGGGACUCCUGGGAGGGCAAAGGUUAAAUUUGACCCAGAGACCAUACAUGAUGCGGUUGCAAAAGGUGUCCCCCGGCAGCAUCGCGGCGAGAUCUGGAAGUUUCUCUCUGAACAAUACCUGCUCAGGCAGACAGUCCCGUCCCGACCACCUGCCAAUCACAUGCCGUACAAAGAGCUGCUGAAACAGCUCACGUCACAACAACACGCCAUCCUCAUAGAUCUGGGUCGCACUUUUCCCACUCAUCCAUAUUUCCAAGCCCAGCUGGGUGCAGGGCAGCUGUCUCUGUUUAAUCUGCUAAAGGCCUACUCCCUGCUCGACCCUGAGGUGGGCUACUGCCAGGGCUUGUCCUUCAUUGCAGGAGUGCUGCUGUUACACAUGGGGGAAGAGGACGCCUUCAACAUGCUCAAAUUUCUCAUGUUUGACGUUGGGCUCCGCAAACAGUACAGGCCUGACAUGAUCAUCCUGCAGAUUCAGAUGUACCAGUUGUCACGGCUGCUCCAUGACUACCACAGGGAUCUUUACAGCCACCUGGAGCAGCAGGAGAUCGGGCCCAGCCUGUACGCCACCCCCUGGUUCCUCACUGCCUUCGCUUCACACUUCCCCCUUGGCUUCGUGGCCCGAGUCUUUGAUAUGUUGUUCCUGCAGGGGUCAGAGGUCAUCUUCAAGGUGGCCUUGAGUCUACUUGGAAGCCACAAGCCUCUGAUCCUGCAGCAUGAGAACCUGGAGUCUAUAGUGGACUUCAUCAAGACCACGCUGCCAAACCUGGGCCUGGUGCAGAUGGAGAAAACCAUCAACCAGGUGUGUGAGAUGGAUAUGUCCAAACAGCUCCAGGCCUAUGAGGUGGAGUAUCACGUCCUGCAGGAUGAGCUGCUGGACACGCCCCCCACCCUUAACCAACAGCAGAGGGCUGCACAGCUGGAGAGGACCAAUCAGAGCCUCCGGCAGCAGAACCUUGAUCUGCUGGAGGAGCUACAGGUGUCUCAAGCUUGCGUCUGCAGCCUAGAGAGCCGUGUGGAGACUUUAGCACAGUCGGAUGGCCGUCUGAAGGAGCAGGUAACUGCACUGCAGGAGGAAAAGAAGCAGCUCGCCAGCACUGUUACACGCCUCCAGGACCUCCUCACCAGCCUAGGCAUUCAUACAACCCCUGAUGGACACACUCUCGCCCCUCCCUCAGAGAGACACACGCCAAUAGUAGAGGUGGAGGGGCUGGUGAACAGGACUGUGGACUCUCCCCCACACCCUCUGGCUAUUCCAGAGGGGUUAUAACCACACCUGAUCAUUUUCCAAAUGGUGAGGUCAACCUGAGGAGGGUCUGGGUGUGGAGGUGCAGAGGAGGGAAAGGUGGAUGGAGAUGUAAAUCGGCUCCCUACUUCAACCUUUAUUCUCUUCCCAGCAUGUGAAUGUUUUAAUAAAAAGAAGAAACUCAGAGGAAGUUGGACCUUGAAGAGCAGAGAAGGAUGGAAAUAGAACAAAAUUGGGGAUGAGGUUGAAAGAGAAAGUAGAAAUUAAAGAAUGGACAAAAGUAGUAGUAUUAUCCAAAAAACACAAGUGCACACUUCCAGCACUCUGAUAAAGAUGAAUACACUUGUUUUCUGACCAACAGACCCCAAAUAUAGCACUGUCCCACUGGGCCUCUACUGUCAAAACAAAAGUUACAUUUGCACCUGUACCCGUAUGUUUGUGUGUCCGAGUGUUUACUUUGUUUGUUUUACUUAUUGUGUGUAGAAUGUAAGGAGGCUGAAAACGCCAAAGAUUGUCCCCAUGAAUACAAAACAAGAUUGCACAAAUGUGUUGUUCAUAAUUGAUGCACAUAACAAUGGAAGUAAUACAAAGAUUAACUGAUUCCAAAGUAAGAAUAAGAAGAGUGAGCUAAAGGGACGGAUGAAGAAUAAACUUCAUGACAAAGUUUAGUUUGUGUUCCUCUCUUAUAAAGUUUAUUGCCAUGUAAGCUAAAUGAUGUUCGAUUUUGGUGCUCGUAUACAGAAGUCAGGUGUGAACUAUUUUUGAUUCUCCAAAGUUUGUUUCCUGAUCCUGACAAUUUUAUACUUCAUUUAUCCGCAGCAGGUCACAGGAAGAGAAACACAAUAAAUCCGCUUCCUGUUUUUUCACCUUUGAGUGCGAUCCAUGUGUGUAGAGAGGGAAAUAGAUGCAGGUUCAGCAGAAAACUUCAACACAGUGUCUGUGCCUUUCUUGUGCACACUUUCACACAUCAGUUACUUUGAAUUAGGACAAAACACUUUCAAGUCUGAAACUUUAACUUAGAAACUUCUGCUGUGGAGACAAUCUGUCAGCUACGAGUCAUUUACUGUAUUCAACACACUGAACUCCUUCAGGCCGAGCUUGCUGCUUGGUGUGUGUGUAUCUUAAUGUCUGUUUGUGUUACUUUGUGUCUGUGCACUUCACUGAUGUCAACAAAUCUGUUGAUUUACACUGUAAAGAUAUUUGAAUUUUACUGCAAACUCUCCUUGCACAUUUGUUUUAAUUGAUGAUUAUAAUUCUAUUCUUUAAAAUACAUUUCAUAUCCUUCCAGCACAUCCGAAGUCAGUUUUUCUUUUCAUGUGUGUUUGUCUGCAUGUGUCAGGUGUCAUGUGACGGAUUAAAAACAGUGUAGAUUGUA